GCAGGCAGUGGGUUAGCCGCUGGUGACAGUGAGCGGAGUUGGAUGGAUGCGGAAGGGUUUUUCUGAGUCCUUCAAAAACAAAUUGUAUUUUUUUUUUAAACGAAACGCCGUUCUGCUCUAAAGGGAUCAGGAUGCCUUUGUUUUCCGCGAAUCCGUUUGACCAGGAUGUGGAGAAGGCAACUAAUGAAAACAACACAGUAGAGGACUGGGGCCUUAUUAUGGACAUCUGUGAUCGUGUUGGAACUACACCUAAUGGAGCUAAAGAAUGUUUGAAGUCCAUCAUGAAGAGAGUAAAUCACAAAGUUCCACAUGUUGCAAUGCAGGCUUUGAGUUUGCUGAGCGCCUGUAUUUCAAACUCUGGGAAGAUUUUUCACUUAGAAAUAUGUUCUCGAGACUUUUCCAGUGAGGUCCGGAGCAUAUUAAAUAAGGCUCAUCCAAAGGUUUGUGAGAAGCUGAAGGCGUUACUGGUGGAGUGUGCGGACGAGUUUCAGAAAGACCCCCAACUCAGCCUCAUUGGUGCAACUAUCAAAUCUCUGAAGGAGGAGGGGGUGACUUUUCCUAGCUCUGGCUCACAGAGUACAGCUUCUACAAAGACCAAUACUCCUUCACCGAGCAACAUUGCAGAUGAUGAUUUAGCAAAAGCUAUCGAGCUGUCCUUGCAGGAGCAACAGCGUCACCCAGAGACUCGACCUCUUGCUAUCCCAGAGGACCCACCCUUCAAUAACAAUAAAGACUCUCGGAAAGUCCGUGCUCUCUAUGACUUUGAGGCAGUGGAAGACAACGAACUCACAUUUAAAGCAGGAGAACUUCUCAUUGUUCAAGAUGACAGUGACCCAAACUGGUGGAAAGGAGAGAACCACAGAGGAGUUGGACUGUUUCCUUCUAACUUUGUAACAACUAACCUGAACGCAGAGCCUGAACCAGUGGUAUUUGUAGAGAAAACCAGCCUGCCAGAAGAAACAAAACAAGAAACUAAAGAAGAACCUGAACCUGUUUUCAUAGAUGAGGAAAAGAUGGACCGAACCCAGCACUUACUCCAGAACACUGACCCUGCGGAUACACAGCCUGACUCAGCAGAACUGAUACAUCUGGAAGAUGUUUGUCAACAGAUGGGUCCAAUGAUUGAUGAAAAAUUGGAGGAGAUUGACAGAAAGCAUUCAGAGUUAUCAGAAUUGAAUGUGAAAGUUCUGGAGGCCCUGGAACUUUACAACAAGCUAAUGCAUGAGACUCCGAUGUAUUCCGUCUAUUCUAAGAUGCAGCCUCAGGCACAUUACCCACAGACAGCAGCUGGUGUCCCAAUGCAGGCAUACCCAGGUGCGGCUCAAAGUGCAACAUACAUGGCUUCAGGCAUUCCCCAAGUGACUCCUGGCCAGGGCUACAGUUUAGGACCUGACCAGAUUGGUCCUUUGAGGUCACUUCCUCCACCUGUUAAUUCAACAAACCAGCCUGGCCAGACGCCAUACAUGAGCGCUGGUAUCAAUGCAGCUUAUAUGAACCAGGCCCGGGGUGGCCCCGCCCCUUACCCACAGCAAGUAGGAGUGGCCAUGGACAUGUCAUCCUAUCAGAACAGUAAUCCCAAUAUGACUCAAGCAUCCAGUUAUGCAAUGGCAACUCAAGCUCAUCCCACCCCACAGCAGCAAGCUAACUAUUACCAGCAACCUCUCCUUUAGACAACAAAAAACAACUUUCAGGCAUUUCAAUGAAACCAGUUAAAACAACAACAAAAAAAGUUAGAUUGCAUGGUUUUAAUCAUGGCAUUGAUAUUUUCCUGUUAUAGUUGGCAGAUGCUAGAACAUGACGUCAGUGUUGACAGUUAGUAAAUAGAGUUGGCUGUCUGAAGUGGGGAAUGAAAACCUGGUGCAGAAAGGCCCAUGCACAAUUAUGAAUCCCUGUUCAGUUUUUAAAUGAUUAUUUUACAAACAUUUAUUAAUUUGAAACCAAUAUCUCCCUAGGUUUCUGAUGCCGUUCUUCAGUCCUUCAUUUUGAAGGUA